GCCUCCUGACAGCUGGGAUAGGCUCCUGGACUCACCGCAACCCUUGUGAGGAUAGGCAGUGAAGAAAAUGGAUGGAUAAAAUCUAACUUUUCCUACAGUGUGAACCUAACCUCAGGAGGGCAGUAACACACUGUGCAGUUUUUACACACUGCCAGAAACACUAACAACAACAAGAAACGAGAAAGAAGAAAACUGCACCAGCCAUGUUGGUUUCGUGGCAAGGGCGAGGCUAAAAUAGAGGUGUCAGCGGCAUCAGCACAGUAAAUGAGUGGGGUUUGCAAGAGACACCAAGGAUACUGCUUCAUCAUCCUUCAAAUGCUUGCGUUAAAUGACAUACUAUUAUGACAAGGAUUCUUUCACAUUUUUCUUUUGGUGUGUGGGAAUUUUCAAAUGUCGUGUCUUUAUACCAUAGGCUUUGGCUUUGACUAAACAGUAACGUUUAUGAAAAUCGGUUACUAUAUGAGCAAAUUACGACUUAAUAUCAGCCUCCAUAGAUUACCUUCAACGGAAACGGUGACCUCUCCAACAUGGUCGCCACGUGAGCAUGUUCUAGCUGAUGACUCAAGUUUGAUGCGACCUACACAGUACUCCAGCACAGUAGUCAACAUGGCAGCGACGGUCUCUGGUUUUUAUAGAGGAAGACAUGGACAGUUCGAUCAAUGCGGCAACAUUAUCCAGGUGGCAGCCUGGGAGGAUGAAGAGCAGUGGAUUAAGCUGGCGGAGAUCCUUGAGCUUCUGUUAGCUGCUGGAUAUUUUAGAGCUCGCAUAAAAGGGCUGUCACCUUUUGAUAAGGUGGUUGGUGGGAUGACUUGGUGCAUCACCACAUGUAACUAUGACAUUGAUAUUGAUCUUCUUUUUCAAGAAAACUCCACCAUCGGUCAGAAAAUAGCUUUGACUGAGAAAAUUGUGUCUGUUUUACCAAAAAUGAAGUGUCCUCAUCACCUGGAGCCUCAUCAAGUCCAAGGGCUUGAUUUUAUUCACAUUUUUCCAGUGAUACAGUGGCUAGUGAAGCGGGCAAUGGAGACCAGAGAGCAAAUGGGCGACUACGUGAGAGCCUACUCCAUAUCUCAGUUCCAGAAGACCUACAACCUUCCAGAGGAUGAAGAGUUUCAUCUUAGAAGAGUAAAGGCAGUAGGAGCAGUACUUGAUGUACUGGAAGUAUACAAACCACAGAGAAAAUAUAAAAGGCAAAAGGAGGCAAUAAAACUACUGGAUGAGGAGUCCAAGGUGCAGUCUACAUUGCUGGAAUACGGCAGGCGAUUUGGAUUCAGCAAACAAUCCAAACAAGAUCAGUUAGGCGAAAAAAUGGCUGCUCAAGACUCAAAGGUGUCGGAGGAAGAAGUUCAGUGGGCAGUGGAAGAGAUCCGGAUCACAAGCUUGAUGAACACAAUGGCCGCAAUGACCAAUAUAGAGGGGCAACUGACAGCAAGUGCAGUAGGAUAUAUUGUGGGACAACAAUCUGAGGAGAUCAAACUGAUUGCAUCUGAGUAUGCUGAUAAGCCCAUGGAGGUAUCAGCGGACUUCUUGGAGCGGUUUGGCCCACUUCACCAGCACCUCAGAGCUAUUGCUUCUCUGAACAAACAGAUCCAGAAGAAGGUUAACCAAUGUGGUGAGUUACAAGUCAAGCAUGCAGAAGUUGAGAAAGGUUGUGGCAAUUCCAAGAUAAAACUGAUUGAGGUCACAGAGCAGUCAGUUCGACUCAUGAAGGAGCUAAUAAUUUUGGAGGGGAUGGAAGGGCAAGCUGACAGCAGCUUGCUGGAGAAGCUGAGGUCUCUGGUAACAAUGAAUGAAAACCUGAAAAUUCAAGAACAGGACUUCCGUACACAUUGUAGAGAUGAGAUGAUCCGUCUGCAAAAGUCUAUUGAUGAGUUAGGACCUGCAUCUGGACUGGUUACAGGGGAGGACAAGGAAAGAAACCAAUUGAUUGACAAACAGCAUAGUACUGACCGGGAAAAAUUACACAAGCUACGUCUGCUCAUGGCGAGGAGGAAUCGUGACAUUGCCAUUUUGCAGAGAAAGAUUGAUGAAGUGCCUUGCCGUGCAGAACUCACACAGUACCAGAAGAGAUUCAUCGAACUGUCCUGCCAAGUUUGUGCAACACACAAAGAGACCAAACAGUUCUUCACUUUAUAUAAUACAUUAGAUGACAAGAAAGUUUAUCUCGAAAAGGAAGUUAAUUUGCUGAAUUCCAUUCAUGACAACUUCCAACUAUUUUGGGUUGCAGUACAACAGUUCCUCUCUGAUCUACAAAGAAACAAUGUAGCACUUUCUGGCCUCUUCUGGACUUCUCUAUCAACACCCUCAACGAAAAUAAUCAAGAUGGUGCACCACCACAUUGGGGGCUGCAUGUUCGAGGGUUCCUCAAUCAAACCUUUCCAGACCGGUGGAUUGGAAGGGAUGGGCCAAUUCCGUGGUCGCCACGUUCACCAGAUAUCACUCCCCUGGACUUCUUUCUAUGGGCCUGUGUUAAAGAUAUUGUGUAUCGAACAAAGAUAAGGGACAUUCCUGACCUAAAGCAAAGGAUUACUGAUGGCAUUGCCACAAUUGAUGAGGCUAUGCUACAGUGAACAUGGCAAGAAAUCGAGUACCGUCUUGAUGUGCUUCAUGCAGCUAAUGGUGCCAAUUAGAAGUGUAUUAAGAGGUAAAAAAAUAAAUAAAUAAAUAAAAUAUCUAAUCAAUUGCAUUUUUAAUAAAUUUUUGAGAUGGUAAAGAGAAUAUCCACACCCUGUACAUCUAAGAUAGUGAGCAAUGUGGUCGAGUGUAUCAGUACAAUGUGACGUAACAAAUUUGAGACUUAAAUGUUUAUAGUAAUUACUACAGAUCAACUUCUUUAACAUGUUUUGCUCUAUGGUGUAUAAAUUCUAGGAUAUAUUUUGUGUAUAUUCUAUAUCUAUACUAUAAUAUCUAUAAUGUGUGGAAAAGGACAAUUUUAGAUGUCUUUUUACCGAAUAGUUCACUUAAUUCAUUUUUCUUGAGAUAUGAUGGCAUAUUAUAAGCAUAUUUUAAUGACAAAUAUGAUUUUGGGCUA